AUGGACAAAGAGGAUGCGGAAAAGACAACUUUCAUCACUCCAUGGGGAGUGUACCACUACAGGGUAAUGCCAUUCGAUCUCAAAAAUGCCAGCGCGACUUACAUGAGAGCUAUGACUACCACCUUGCAUAACACGAUCCAUAAAAAAAUUGAAGUAUACGUGGAUGAUGUCAUCAUCAAGUCAAGAGAAAGUUCAGAACAUACCACAUACUUAAGGAAGUUCUUCGAUAGGCUCGGAAAGUUCAACCUAAAACUGAACCCAGCCAAAUGUGCAUUUGGAGUACCCAUCGAAAAAUUACUUGGAUUUGUAGUUAGCCGAAGGAGCAUAGAACUAGAUUCGGCUGAGUUCAAAGUGAUCCAAGAGUUGCCUCCUCCCAAAAUCAAGAAGGAAGUCAUGAGCUUCCUGGGAAGACUGAAUUAUAUUGGACGGUUUAUAGACCAGUCUACUAUUGUGGAACCCAUACUUAAGCUCCUGAAGAAAGACGCACCUAUAAAAUGUAAAGAGGAAUGUCAGGAAGCUUUUGAUACCAUCAAGAGGUAUUUGUCCAAUUCACCGGUUUUGGUACCUCCUAGGCCUGGGAGCCCACUUUUGCUGUGCUUGUCGGUUUCAGAAAAUACCUUCAGAUGUGUGUUAGGACAACAUGACGAGAUAUGCAAGAUGGAGCGGGCCAUCUACUACCUAAGUAAGAAAUUCACCGCCUGUGAGAAGGCCGUCAAAGGACAAGACUUGGCCGACCUAUUAGUUGAAAGUCCUGCAGAUGAGGAUCUUGAACCCCUUCAAACUCAUUUCGCGAAUGAAGGAGUAUUGGCCAUAGAAAAAGAAACAGUGGAGCCCUAUACAGGAUGGAGAUUGUUCUUUGAUGGAGUUGUCAACUACAAAGCUUUAGGAAUUGGAGCAGUUUUGAUAUCAGAGACUGGGCAACACUACCCAAUGCUAGCAAAGUUCAAAUUUCACUUUACGAAUAACAUGGCCGAAUACGAGGCUUUCAUCCUAGGCCUUCGGAUGGCGUUGGAUAUGGAUAUCAAUGAAUUAUUGGUUAUAGGAGACUCCAACUUGUUGAUCCAUCAAGUGCAGGGUGAGUGGGCCACCAAGAAUGACAAGAUCUUGCCGUACGUGACCUUGGCACAAAGGAUGUGUAAAAAGUUCAAAAAGAUCAAAUUCAGGCAUAUCCCAAGAGCUCAGAAUGAGUUUGCCGAUAGGUUAGCCAUAAUAGCAUCAAUGAUUCAGCAUCCCGAAAUCAGUCACAUUAACCCACUGGAGAUAAGCCUAAGAGAAGAAUAUGCCUACUACUCCCACGUGGAAGCGGAGCCAGAUGGCAAGCCAUGUUACAACGAUAUCAAGAUUUAUUUGAAGAAAUGGGAAUACCCUGAAGGUAUCACAAGUGGUCAAAGGAAAACCAUUAGAAGAAUGGCUACCGAUUUCUUUCUAAACAAGGAAAUACUGUAUAAACGAAUGCCGUAUUUGGGUUUACUCUGA